CUCGGAGAGCGCGGCGCGCCCCUGGGCGCCGCGGCAUGAGUAGCGCGCCCGCCCGGCCCGGCCCGCGCGCCCGCCAUGGCGCAGGCCGCGCCCGCGCCCCAACGCACCCACUCCUUCGCCAAGAAGACCUUCCACAAGCCCACCUACUGCCACCACUGCUCCGACCUGCUGUGGGGGCUCAUCGGGCAGGGCUACGGCUGCGAAGUGUGCAACUUCAUAGUGCACGAGCGAUGCGUGGGGCAUGUGGUGACGCCGUGCUGCGGGGUGGCGCCGAGCCUCAUCAAGAACCCUGUGGCUCACUGCUGGUCAGAGCCGACACACCACAAAAGAAAGUUCUGCACGGUGUGUCGAAAGCGGCUUGAUGAACUGCCAGCUUUACAUUGUAUGAUAUGCGAGUACUUCGUCCACGGAGAAUGCGUGGACUUUGCGGCAGCCGACUGCAAAGAAAACGCAACAUACUGUGCCGGCAGCGAGCCCCGACACGUGCACCACUGGCGCGAGGGAAACCUUCCCGCCAACUCCAAGUGCACUGCUUGCCGCCGUGCCUGCUGGUCCACGGAGUGCCUCACCGGCUACCGCUGCGAGUGGUGUGGUAGCACGUGUCACGCUGGCUGCCGAGCACUCAUACCAGAAGAAUGCAAUUUCGGCGCAUUGCAGCCGAUCUUCCUGCCCCCGUCUGCGGUGUCAAUCCCCCGGACGGAGGUGCCCAUGGAGGCCAUCAUCGGCGUGCACGUGCGCCCACCUCCAUCACAGCGAGACUUUGGAUGCCCGCGGCGGCGCGGUGGCUGGGCGCCGACGCGGCUCGUGACGCUGGCGCGUCGCUUGCUGCCGGCCGCCUGCAGUCCCCACGGAGGCGCUUCGCCCCCCUACUCAAGAGCUCGAAGCGUAAGCGAGGAGUUCAGCUCUGGGUGCGAGGGCCGUUCGGGCUCUGGCGGCGGGUCGACUGGCGCUCCCGCCGACCAGGACCACCGCCCUGACCAUAAACAACAUCGUGACCGCACCCCAGACGAUAGAGAUGAAGAGGUAGUUAAAGUUUACGACGGAGAGGCGGCGUGGUCGCGUCGACUGUACCGGCCUGUAGUCGUGGGGCGGAACUUCAGCGAGCGCGAACUGGUCGCGGCCGCGUUACGCGCCUUCCACGUGGCUCGCGAGCCCGAGCAGUUCGAGCUGACUGACGCGCUCGCUGGUGAUGAGCCACCGUUGCGCGACCCUACGCCUCUCGCCCGCGUCACACGUCUGCCCAAUAAAAGACCUGCACUAUUUCUGCGUUUCAAUGAGGGUCGUUGCACCAGGGAGCCGGAGACGGGUGGUGGCGAGGUGCGUGUGUACCCGGGCCGGGUAGCCGGCGCCGGCGACGCCUUCGUGACAGUCACGUGCGCCGGCGAGCACACCGUGGCCGACCUCAUGGCCGCCGCGCUUGAGCGCUUUGGACUCGAUCCCGCGCACGCCACACUCGACUACCGCUGCUCCGAGAUUCUGCUCGAUCGCGGGGUAUCGGAGCGAGUGCUGGAGGAGGACGAGCGUCCGUGGCGCAUCCUGGUGCGGCUGGCGCGCGAGUCCGUGCGGCGCAUGGAGCUGGCUCGGUUCUACCUGCAGCCGCGCCGCGACCCGCACGGACCCACGCUGGCGCUCUUCGUGGCGUCGCUGCCACCCGGUCUGUCCGAGCGGAACUAUGAGAACAUCUUGGUCGAGUUCCUCGGUGCCGAGAACAAGUUCACAUCAAUCGGCCCAAUCUAUUACGAAUAUGGAUCAAUGGUGAUCACAUACGAGGACGCCAGCAAGGCAGUGCGCGCCCUCUACGCGCUCCGAGAGGCCAAAUAUGAAGAUAAGCAUUUAUUAGUGAUGCUGUUACCCAGCAUCGAACCAUCGAUGGUGCCAUCCGGCGUUAAGCCGUUGCUGGUGUUCGUGAAUGUCAAGUCUGGCGGUUGUCAGGGACUUGAACUUAUUUCUUCCUUCCGCAAACUCCUCAACCCAUAUCAGGUGUUCGACCUGGAGAAUGGCGGACCAUUACCUGGAUUAUACGUGUUCCGCCAUAUCCCGAACUACAAAAUUCUUGUGUGUGGCGGGGACGGUACCAUCGGUUGGGUCCUGCAAUGCCUCGACAACGUGGGACAAGACUCACAGUGUUCAAACCCACCAUGCGCGAUAGUGCCUCUCGGCACCGGUAACGACCUAGCCCGCGUGCUGCGCUGGGGCUCGGGUUACACGGGCUGCGAGGACCCGCUGUCGCUGCUGCGUGACGUCAUCGAUGCGGAAGAGAUCCGCCUCGACCGUUGGACCGUGGUCUUCCAUCCCGAGGACAAGCAGGACGAACCCAAGGAACUGUCCAAGCAACUACCGGGCUCUCAGAGCGAAGAUAACUCACAAAUUCUCGUCAUGAACAACUACUUCGGUAUCGGCAUCGACGCUGACCUCUGCCUCGACUUCCACAAUGCUCGUGAAGAAAACCCUAACAAAUUCAACAGCAGGUUGCGCAACAAGGGCGUCUACGUUAAAAUGGGCCUACGUAAGAUGGUAGGACGCAAAAUGUGCAAGGACUUGCACAAGGCGGUUAAGCUCGAGGUGGACGGCAAGCCUGUCGACCUGCCUGCAGUCGAGGGCAUCAUCAUAUUGAAUAUUCUUAGCUGGGGGUCAGGCGCCAAUCCAUGGGGUCCGGAGAAAGACGAUCAGUUCAACAAGCCUAACCAUUGGGACGGCAUGUUGGAGGUGGUGGGUGUGACCGGUGUAGUCCAUCUCGGGCAGAUCCAAUCUGGUCUGCGCGGUGCAAUGCGGAUAGCACAGGGUGGUCACAUUAAGAUCAACCUGCGGAGCGAGAUCCCGGUGCAAGUGGACGGCGAGCCGUGGGUGGCGGCGCCCAGCGAGGUGGUCGUGCUCAAGUCCGCGCUUAAGGCCACCAUGCUGAAGAAGCGCGGUAAGGUGCGGCGGCGCAGCACGGAGCCGGUGCUGGCGCCCCCCGCGCCGCCCGCGCCUCCCGCGCCGCCGCCCCCCCGCGCCCCGCCCGACUCCUGAAUCUGGCUCAGCGAGCGCCUCAUCUGACGCCUCGGGCUCAAGGCCGGUCACCGGGCGCUCGCCGGGAAGAGAUUCCCACCAGUAGUUGUAGAACGUUCGAUGAUGUAAUAUCGUGAAUAUGUAAAUAAAUUAUUAACAAAGAAAUAAUAUAUAACUAUAAUUGAAAAAAAAAUAAAUUUAUAGUCAUUAGACGUUGUUUCAUUUCUAGUCGAGUACGAUUUGAGAAUGUGUAUAAAAUAAAAAUUUAAAUAUGUAA